UUACGCCUGGCAGAGGCAGCAGAGCCACGGCACGCUGCAAGGUGACACACUGCUACUGUUUGCAGGAAUUUAUCAGCAUUUCAACGCGAAGAAUUAACUAGUAAAUAAAUGCACUCGAAGACAGCGAGUGGAUAACCGUUGCAUCGUGACUGAGCGACUUUCCUGUGAAUGGGGUGACUGCAAUAUGUCCCGCAUAUCGUAAUCGACUUGAAAGUCUCUCCACAGUCGUCCAGAUCUCCCAUCUUACGUUCUCGGCCUCUCCGUCCAGCAGAAGCAGCAGCAAUGACCUCGUCCUCCUCGCCCCGUGUCUCGCGCGCCUCCAUCGACAUCCUGGAGGAGCUGCAGCUCAUCGCUGCCCAGAACAUGGAGAAGCUGGAGAUCAACAGGUACUACGAGGUCAUCCGGGAGCUGGGCAAGGGCACCUACGGCAAGGUGGACCUCGUGGUGCACAAAAUCAGAGGCACUAAAAUGGCCCUGAAGUAUCUGCGGAAGAAGACCACCAAGCUGAAGAGCUUCCUGCGCGAGUACAGCAUCUCCCUCUACCUGUCGCCCUGCCCCUACAUCAUCAACAUGCACGGCAUCGCCUUCGAGACAGACGACUACUACAUCUUCGCCCAGGAGUACGCCUCCGCCGGCGACCUCUUCGACAUCAUUCCACCUCAGGUGGGUCUCCCUGAGGCCGUUGCCAAGCGCUGUGUCCAUCAGGUGGCCAUUGGCCUGGACUUCCUGCACGGCAGGAAGCUGGUGCACCGCGACAUCAAGCCCGAGAACGUGCUCAUCUUCGACCGCGAGUGCCGCAAGGUCAAGCUGUCGGACUUCGGCAUGACGCGGCGCGCCGGCUCGCCGGUCAAGCGCGUGAGCGGCACCAUCCCGUACACGGCGCCCGAGCUGUGCGACGCCUCGCGCCGCGACGGCUUCCUGGUGGAGCCCAGCACGGACGUGUGGGCCUUCGGCGUGCUCCUCUUCUGCAUGCUCACGGGCAACUUCCCGUGGGAGAAGGCGCUGCCCUCCGACGCCUUCUACGAGGAGUUCUGGCGCUGGCAGCGCGGGCGCUCGGCCCAGGUGCCCUCGCAGUGGCGCCGCUUCACGCCCGAGGCGCUGCGCAUGUUCCGCCGGCUGCUGGCCAUCCAGCAGGAGCGCCGCUGCGCCGUCAAGGACGUCUUCGCCCACUUCGACGACUACUGGAUGCUGGACACCGAGAACGGGAACGUGCCCGGCGUCGUCGUCCAGGGGUCGGUGUCGUCGUCGUCGUCGGUGUCGUCGGCCGGGGCGGGCGCGCACUCCUCCUCGUCCUCGGCGGGCGGCAGCGGCCCUCCGGCCGAGCUCAGCUGCUCUUCGUCGUCCGAGGAGGACGAGCUGGUGGAGCGCCUGAAGCAGCAGAGCCUGACCGCCGUGGUGACCAAGGGCGGCAUCGUCAUGGAGCCCGUGCCCACCUCGCACUACUCCUCGGCCAACAGCUCGCCCGCGUCCAACAGCGCCUACGAGCGCGGCUCUCGCGACGCCAACGGCAACGGCGGCCGCAUCCUGGUCACCACGCCCAUCGAGAUUUGCGUGUAGCCGCCGAUAGCCGUUUUUAUUUCCGUUAGUAAGCUGUGAGGCAGAUGCAGUUUAGAUUACUACUGAAACGCUGGCCACCUUGUGGUCAAGGGAGGAACGUGAAGGUGAACGAGACAAGACCGAUAAGACUGUGUAUCUGGGACUGGAUGACGGACAAUAGGGAAAGGACAUGAGCUAGUUUAGCCAGAGGAGACAUUUCACUUUGUUUUCCAACCAAAUUCCCAGUGUCACCGUGACCAAGUGUGAGGGAGAGAGGAAGACAAUCACAGCUCAUCUACCCUGUGUGUGAAGGACGUGACAAGGUCACAUUAGCUGCUUUCAGACAUGCCCUCCGCAGUUUAUGCGGCUCUUUGUCAAACGGAGGUCCAACCCUUCGGGUGAUUCAGAGAUGAUGCUAAUAUGCGGACGCAGAAACAACACGAAAUACAAGGAGGGGAGUAGUGUCAUUUCGGAGUUCCAAAUGUCCGGUUAUGUUGUUAUAUAGAUAUAGGGCUCAACCGCUUGACAUCCGCAGAACAUGCAGACUUCCACCUAUGUCUGAAAGCAGCUAUUACCACCCAUAACAGCAAAGAAACAACAAUGGAGACCAAACUGCAUCCCCUGAAAUCUAACUUGAAGGACAAGACGGCUGCCCUCCAUUUUGUUUUUGCGGUGGAUCUGGCAUGAACCUCAUUUCCCUAAAGCAAUAUAUCAAAAACAACAUUGUGCAGUAAAGACCAAACAAGCAAACCUUAAAAAAGAAACAACACAAGGAAGCAACAAACACAAAAACACAGGGACGGAUGCCUCCACAGAUGAAAACAUGUAAAAGGGACGGUUCUGAACCAACUGUUUAGUUAUGCUUGAUUAUCAAUGUGUAAAUGCAAUGUCAACAGUGGGUCUACUGUGUUUAUAUACUUGAGUGUUGGUGGGUAUGAACCCAUGCAAGAGUGUUUUUUUCUUGUUUGGCUGACAUAAGUUAUUUAUUUGAAUCCUAACCUUUAUUUGUGGCCAUUUAUUUUUAAGUGGUAGCAUUGGGUUUUUAAAAACAACUAACCUUUAUGACUCACCACAGCUGCAGUUAGUAAACAUCAAUCAAAGCCUCUUCAUUUGGUUAACCAAAUGUACAAAAUGUAGGUAAAUAAAAUAACAAGUCAUUUUGUGAGAGCAGUCCUGCCCCAUCACCUCCCCGGCCCUCAACCACUGUUUGAGCUGUGGAAACAACAAUAAAUAAUUGCCCAUCUUACCCUGAACCGUGAAAACAAAGGAGCAAUGUUUGUCCAAGAACCAGAGAAUGGGGUCAUGUUUACAUGCUUUGGGUUUACUACUGGAACAAUAAGCUACGAGUUCUCUGUUUUUAUGAUGUCACUGGGUUAGGCCAUACCAAGGGAGUUGAGGACUUGAGAAGACUGUAUAGCUGCUACACCAGAUUUUCAUGAUGUACUCUGUAAAAAAUCAUGGAAGAUUCUGUCAUUUUUUCCCCCCUUUUUUUAUUUAUAACAUUAUUUUGCUUUGUCAUAGCAAGACAGUUAAAUGAUUACAUCACCAGAAUCUUAAAUCACUUAGCAAACAGGACCCCCCCCCCCCCCAAAAAAAAAAAAAAACAAAGCACUUAACCCAAUACAAACAGGUUUGGAUUAUGUAAGAGAAGUGUACUGCAGACACAGUGCUGCCAAGUAGUCAUUUGCAGAGAGACAGAGGAAAUGCUUUCUGUCACAGAUUGGCAGACCACCUGCGGAGAGUGCUGAGAUCCAUCUGCUGGAAAGAUUAAUAUUCUCCCUCUUGCCGCGUACAGCGCUAUUCAGAUACUAGCGCUUUGCAGUGUCAUGCUAAAAGACCUGCUUUCUCAAGCCUGCAAAUGAACUUCCCUGUGUCAAACUGCAAAAAAUCUUGCCCACACGGAGAGAAACAUCUCUCAAGAGCAAUGCGGUUGCGCUGUUGCUGUUGAGGUCAGACUAUUUUAAAAUGAAACGAGGCAGAAGAUAUUAAUUACAUUAAUGAGUCCUUGUAAAGGAAUUGAAAUGAAGCACCGGACUGCUAACUACUAGUCGACUGAAAUCCAACUACUAAUCUGCCACUAAUCUGACUCAUGAAAGGCCUCGAGGGCAAUAACACACUGUUCAUACUGUAUGCCAUCAGUAUCUGUACAUGUGGAGGUAGGCCUACUCCUGAAGUGUCUCUACAAUUAGCUUGCAAUACUUUGGUUUCAUUUCUGGUACUUAGUUAUUAGCGGAAAUGAAUGAAAGUCUGGUAGAAGUGAAACAUCACCUUUGAAGAUAUGAAAAUUAGCCCCACAUUCUACAAAAGCAUCAGUAGUUUGUUUCAGUGCCUUGCAUAACACUCCAAGCCACACAUUCUUAAAAAAGUGAAGAAUUCAUUAAACAUUUAAGGCAUUUAAGCAAGACUGUCCAAGAUCAUUAAUGUGGAAUUGAUGUAAUCAUUGUAGAAAGCUGGCCUCCAGUAAACCAAGAAGAAAUUACUUUAGAUAUUACAGGUGUGGCAUUAUUGUUCAUUAAAAUGAAUUAAAAUAAGUAACAGCAUUCUGUAAAAAAGUGCUGUGUUUAUAUUGUUUCUGAAGUUGUUAAGAGGUUGUUCUUCCAUAAACUUCCAUGAACAGAUUUCAGAUUUCAGUUGGUGGUGGAUGAGCGAAAUGAGUUGAUGAAAAGUAAUGAUGGCCUUUAUGACCGGACAUCUACGACCCUUCAUUGACCUUCAGGAGUAUUCUGGUACACAUGGACAACAGAUAUACUGACAGGUUAACACUACCUUUACCACCCUCAAGAUGCAGUCUGAAGUAUUUCAAGGUAAUCCCUCCCCCUGUUCUGCUAAUAGUUUUCUCUUUUUUGUCUCACUUAAGUGUCUCUGUGGAUGAGGCUAAUUUGUUUUAUCAGAAUAUCUUGAUUUUCAUCAAAGCCAAGGAACUGAUUGACCCUUUUGUGUUUCCUCUUAGUAAGGCAUUGAAUGAUUUGACCCCACUGUCUAUUUUAUACAUAUUUUUAUGGGGUCAUCAUUUGUGUAGAUGUGUUAAAGCCAAGGGCAUUUUUUUGAAACUGCAUGGUAAAAAAAUAAUAGGGAAGCUGUACCCACACCUAUGACGUCUAUUAUGUGAUGAUAUUUUGCCGUAGCACAAACUUGCAUCACUAUAAUGUUCAGGAUGUGAGGGAUACUGGUUAUUUGCUACCUAGUACUCUGUACUGGCAUUUCUACUGUUCACUGAGAGAGAGAGAGAGAGAGAGAUAGAGACAGAGUGAGAGAAAGAGAGAGAGAGUGCAUGAUGGAAGCGGCUACUGAAAAUGAAGAAGAGAAUAUCUGAUUGCUCUCUGAAUGCCGGGCAGACCGCUCUCUGUCCCACCAAAGUCAUGGAUUAGCCUUUGCUGGACCUCCUGCUGUGCCCUCUGUUGUUUCACCACAAGGAAAUCUGAGCACAUGCGAUAGGGAUGGACAUGGAAAUGAAAUAAAACUCAUUCGAAAGAAACUGACACCUCCCCCUCCUCUCCAGCAAUGGCUGGAGUUCUGCAUUUCUUAACGGCAAUGACGGCGGGUAUAAAGGAACAUUUUUUGAGUCCUGUAUUUGUUUGUCCUAUUUUGAAGAAAUACCUGCAUGAAUAAAAUACUGUUCCGACAAAAAGACACUAGAAAUACAUACAUAGCCUUCUUGUCAACAGUGGUACUGGUCUUUUAUUGUAGCAUCGAUGGAGCCGACCUCUCCUGAUUCUCCUCACUCCUUUGAGAGACAGUUUUGCCGCAGACUGUGGUAACUCCUUGUGCAAUAGUCAUCGUCUAUGGAAUUCAGUGGCUCUACUCAUGUUAAAUAAAAGGACAAGAACCUCACGUCUUUUUUUCAAACCAUGACCCAAAGCAGUCCGUGUGGGACAAAAAAAAAAAAAAAAAACAGCAACAACAAACAAAACAAAAAAAAGAAAACUGUUUUAGAGACAGCUGUCAUGGUGUACAGUGCUGUUAGAAAUAUUAUGGAACCUCCUCGUCUCUGAUGCAUCCUCUUCAUGUGCCGUUGUGUGCUGUGUGGAGGAGUAGUGUGUAGUUUAAAAACAUUAAAAAAAGAGGAAAAGUGUGUCGCUAGACUCGCUCCAGAACUCUUGUCUUAUACCGCAGAGCCAUCUAAUGGCAACCUGUCCUCUCUGACACUUUUCUUUUUCCUUUCCUCUCAUUAAAGAUGAAAUAAAGAAAA